AACAUCUUUAGCAUUCGACCACAGUAACGGAGCAAGACUGGAUUGCUGGUCGAAUCACCAGAGUUGACCUAGGUGAUAUGAGGUUCCAUCAACAUGCCAAGCUAUUUACAAUCAACAGAUACGAUCCACGGGAAUGUGCCGUGUGUCGUGCUCACGGGCGGUCGUACUAAUGCACUCUGAUGCCCCCAAAAUUAGACGCCUUUCUUUUACUUCAUUCCCUCACGCACUUCGCGAUUGAGGGCGUGAAGAUAUCUGGCUGAAUCUAGUUCAGCGCCGUAUAGAUAAUGCAGCUUAGGGGCGAUGGCAAUAGCCACCAAGCGGUCGCAAUGGCCGUCUUGGUCGGCGCAAUACUAUCGGGUCAAACCUGGGCUGCGCCGUCCGUACCGCAGAGCGAUCCGUUCAAGGUGCUGGAUCCGCAGAAUUGGGUAAAUCCCGACAACAUGACGUGGACAGACUACAAAACACCUCCGGGGACGUCUUGGUCCGAUCCGAGCCGCAAGGGCUCCGUUCGGAAUUUCAACAUCGCCCUCGUGGCUGUUGACUACCCGGACAAGCCCUUCGUCAUUACGCAGGCGCCAAACUCGACUGUUUUCGGCAACCCGCAGCCGAUUGUAGCUCGUCUCAACCGCACGGAGGUCCCGGGGUUUUAUCGCGAUUUUCUAAACAAGCCUAGCGACCUCAAUCACAAUCACACUCUGCAUGAGUACUGGAUGGAGGAUUCAGGCGGGCGAUUUGGAGUAGAUUUGACAGCUUUUGGUGCUUACAGGCUGCCCAGUCGUUCAUAUCAGUACGGCAUUGAUGAUGAGCGGGGCGGAUUCAACCAGGGCGCUUGCCCGUCGGAAGGGCCAUGUUCUGUUGACCUACGGACCGAUGCUCUGGGGGCCUGGCGGGCCGACGUGGGCAACGAUACCGCCGAUUCCUUUGAGUUGGUAUUCAUCCUCUCGGCUGGUCAGGACGAGUCUUCUACCUGGCAAGAAUUUGGCGAGAUGAAAUUUCUAAGGCCAGAGGAUGUACCCGAGGAGUUCGGACCUCCGAAUGAUGACAGCCUCCCUAACUACGCCCAAACGAGAUACGUAAAUUGGACAUCCUGGCAGGCUGCGAGCGCCAUCUGGCCGAAUGCGGGCGGUGGCUCGUCUACGCAGGCAGAAAGCUCGGGCAUGUCUACUUACGCUCACGAAUUAACCCACUUGUUAGGAAUAGGGGAUAACUACAACAACCCGUACAGUGACCCGCCGCGUCGCGCUUAUACGGGCCCUUGGUCGAUGCUGUCUCGCGGUAGUUUUAAUGGCCCAAGUGGUCCGCACACACGAUGGCAGAUCCCAGCAACCCUUGGUGGGAGUUUAGGUUCCCUCCACACUGUUUCGGAUAAGCUGCGCAUUAACCUAGCGGACAACUCGAGCGUGCUUAUAGUCUCUCGUGAGGCUUUAUCCAGCUCCGGCCCCGUAGUCGCUGAGAUUACCGCGCGAUGCAUCAACCCAGGAGAAGGGGGACUAUUAGGGUUACAUGUCAUUCUUGGCAAGGAUCUUUCUCCGUUCUGCAAUGUCAGCACCGACGCGCUCUGCGAUGGCGGUGGUUACAAUAAUUACGACAUCGAAGUUAUCGACCGAAUGGGUGCUGACUCCUUUACCCCUGACUCGGGAGUUAUGAUCAGCAAGACGAAGGAUGUUGACAAUGCACCUUUCCAGUGGACGAUCGAUGCCAACCCGCAGGACAUCGAUGUCGUUGACUUCUACCGACCCGACGGCACGCCUUCUAAGCUGACCAUCGGUGAUUACCGCCAACUAGCCGACGCGCUCUUCCAUGCAGGUACGCGAUCAGGCAGCCAAUACGAAUACACCGACGAAGCGAAUCGGCUGCAUUUCUACAUCCUUGACAUCCGUCGGGAUGAUGUUGGCAUCCUGUAUUACACCGUCGGUGUGCGGUCGCUUGACGGUAGCGGGUCUAACACUUACGGUGCUGCCCUGAGCAAAGGUAAAGUUGCGGAAGGGCUAAGAGCAAGGGCUAGCAGCGGCAAGGGCGUAACAUGCGCGUUCCACCUAACUAAUUCUGGUACGCGCGUUGAUGGUAACGCAGUGCAUCCGCAAGACCUAUCUGCAUACCUAACCUCGGAUAUCUACCGACUUACCGCAGAGGUAGACGGUGACGGAUGGCGCAUUGAAGUACCAAACGCGCUUGCUACCGUCGAGUUUGGUUCUUCCAAGACAGUCAGUGUAGCCGUUGGUGCAGCAGCAAAGGCUGCGGGUAAAGCAGUUGUUAAAUUAACAGCUACUUCUGAAUCUGAUCCGACAAUCUCUAUCACCAAAGAGUGCAAGGUCAAGAAGUAAGAGAUGCAAUAACAUAAGAUAUAUAUAAUACAAAUAAACGAUACUUGAAAUUGAGAUGGACAUGAAUAGCAUUAAU